AAAAAAAAAAAAUCCAAAAAAAAAAUAAAAAGAAAAAUUCAAAAGAACUGAAAGGCCUUUGGUUUCUCCACCACCGCUCUCUCUCCCUACUCUCUCUCUGAGUGGCUCGAAGAAAACGAAGAAGACGAAGAGGGAAAUCUACGAUUGCCUACCGAUCUAGGGUUAGGGUUUCGGAGGGGCAUCUUGAUCUGCGAAAGACGGUGCGUUUUGGGGGAAGAGGAAGAAGAGGAUGGAUUCGGUCCCUUCGAACUCACAUGGGAACCUGGAUGAACAGAUUGCUCAGCUCAUGCAGUGCAAGCCCUUGUCCGAACAAGAGGUAAGGGUGCUCUGCGAGAAGGCCAAGGAAAUAUUAAUGGAAGAAAGCAAUGUCCAGCCUGUAAAAAGCCCUGUAACUAUCUGUGGGGAUAUUCAUGGACAAUUCCAUGAUCUAGCAGAGCUCUUCCGCAUUGGAGGAAAGUGCCCAGAUACAAACUAUUUGUUUAUGGGAGAUUAUGUGGACCGUGGCUAUUAUUCCGUUGAAACAGUGACACUCCUAGUGGCCUUGAAGGUGCGUUAUCAUCAGCGUAUUACUAUCCUAAGAGGAAACCAUGAAAGCCGUCAGAUUACUCAAGUUUAUGGUUUUUAUGAUGAGUGCCUACGGAAGUAUGGUAAUGCCAAUGUUUGGAAGAUCUUUACAGAUUUAUUUGACUAUUUUCCACUGACAGCAUUGGUUGAAAGUGAAAUAUUCUGUCUGCAUGGAGGGCUGUCUCCAUCCAUUGAAACCCUUGAUAACAUACGUAAUUUUGACCGUGUACAAGAGGUUCCUCAUGAGGGUCCCAUGUGUGAUCUUUUAUGGUCUGACCCUGAUGAUCGCUGUGGUUGGGGUAUCUCUCCCAGGGGUGCUGGAUAUACGUUUGGUCAGGACAUAUCCGAGCAGUUUAAUCACACAAAUAACUUAAAGUUGAUUGCUAGAGCACAUCAGCUGGUCAUGGAAGGAUACAACUGGGGUCAUGAACAAAAAGUGGUCACUAUAUUUAGCGCACCCAACUAUUGUUAUCGCUGUGGAAAUAUGGCAUCCAUCCUGGAAGUUGAUGACUGCAAAGGUCACACAUUCAUUCAGUUUGAGCCAGCUCCAAGGAGGGGAGAACCAGAUGUGACCCGAAGAACACCUGAUUACUUCCUAUAAUGAGUGUGUCAAAUCAGUUGCUGAAUUACCUGCUGCUGCUGCCUGCAAGGUCUACGUAUUGAGGGUUAUUCUUAAAUUUAAGAUUAUGAAUUACACAACAGUGGUGGUGUUCGGUUUGAGAAAGAAAUCGUGUAGGAUUGGCAGGUUAGGCUUCCUUUGAUGGCGCACGAGUCUCUGCAAAAAGGAAGCAGUGGAGGUGGCCACACUGUUGCAGCAUAUGUACCAUUUCCAGCAAACAAUGUGGCAUCUUCUGUUCUGAUUUUUCAUUUUUUGUUCUUUUAUUUAAUUUUUCUGUAGAAGGAUGGUAUUUUUGGGGGGUUGGUGAUCUGUAGAGGGAUGAUGAGCUUGCUUCCUAUGAUGGGUGCUAUUUUAUUUUUUAAAAUUUUCCUCUUAGUAUUGAAUUCUAAAUGUUCCAAUAGGUUUAUUUUAUCCCAAUUUUUUUUCAUAGUCCAA